AUGAAGAUUGAAUUCUCAACGAGAGAUGUACUGAUACGAAAUGUUGGUAAUUAUGAUGUGAAGAUUUAUGUUGGUCAAGGAGAAUGUUCAAAAAUGUUUUGGGCACAUACGGUUAUUUUGCGUACUCGUUGUGAGUACUUUAAAAUAGCUUUGUCCAACACAUGGGCUACACAAGAAGAUGGGUUGACUGUCUUCGUAAAGCCAAACAUUCACCCAACGCUUUGUUUCGUUGAAGAAGAUGAAGGGCCGGAUGUAUACGAUCUGUUGUUCGCUUGUGAUGAAUUGAUGUUGCAUGAACUAGCGGAACAUAUUCAAGAAUAUCUUAUUCAGCGUAAACCCGAAUGGAUGAAUGAAAACCUAGUGACAAUCCUUCGAUCAACUUGGUUGAUCCCUACGUGUACUGCGAUUAAACAAUUUUGUGUCGAAAAGAUUUGUGAUGAUCCCUGGUUAUUAUUUGCGUCAGAUCAAUUUUAUCGUGUUGAAGAAGAAAUAUUGAUAGCUAUACUUCAGCGAGAAGAUUUAAACCUCCCAGAAGUGUACAUAUGGAAUAAUGUAAUAAAAUGGGCUACAGCUCAAUUGGAUGUAGAAUUAGAUACUGAUGUAUCAAAAUGGAAUUUAGAAGGUUUCGUUUUAUUGAAAGGAAAGAUGAAUAGAUGCCUUCCUUAUAUAAGGUUGAAUAAUAUUGAUAUGGAAGAAUACUAUCGUAAUGUUCGACCUUUUAAGAACAUCUUCUCAAAAGAAAUGCAAGAGAGAAUUGAAGAAUACUAUUUUACUGGUAGAAAAUUGGAUAUAUUUUAUAAUCCUAGAUUACCGUUUAUUAUUGACUCCUGUCUGAUAAAGUAUGAACAUGCGGCACUUAUCUCUCAUUGGAUUAAUCGAGGAGAAGGAAAGGUGGCAACGAGAGAAAAGAAUCCAUUCAAUUUUAGGUUGUUGAUACGUGGGAGUGAUCAUGGAUUUUGUGGUGAAGUCUACGAUCGAAUCAGAUUUGAAUAUCCCGCCUUAUUAGUUUUAAUACUGACUGAAACCGACGAAAUGAUUGGAGGUUAUCAAAGAAUAAAUAGUAAUUAUUGGAGAAUGUUUGGAUAUGAUUAUGAUCGGGAAAGUUUUUUGUUUCGUAUUAACCGUGGGAAUGUUAAAAGAUCCGUGAUUAGUCGCGUUGUACAUCCUACACACGCUGUAUACAAUCAAUCAGGAUGGGGGCCAUGUUUUGGAGAAGGAGAUUUGUGGUUAAAACGUCAUUUUCGUGAUCCCACAGAAUGCGUUUGCAAGAAAGCUUCUUAUGAAGCUCGGAUUGCACAUGAUGAAUCUUUCAUAGUAAGAGAGUAUGAAAUAUUCGAAGUCACACCUGCCUGA